UUUUGAGCAAGGAUUCCUGUUCUACCUGGGGUGGAGGGCAUUUUUCAACCUUUGAUAAAUACCAGUAUGACUUCAUUGGGACCUGCAACUAUAUCUUUGCAACUGUAUGUGAUGAAGCGAGCCCAGACUUCAACAUUCAGUUCCGCCGUGGGCUGGACAAAAAAAUUGCAAGGAUCAUUAUUGAGCUGGGACCUUCUGUUGUCAUUGUUGAGAAAGGCAGCAUUUCUGUCAGGAGUGUUGGUGUCAUUAAGUUGCCUUACACCAGCAAUGGAAUUCAAAUAGCACCUUAUGGACGCAACAUCCGUCUGGUGGCCAAGCUCAUGGAGAUGGAGCUAGUUGUCAUGUGGAACAAUGAUGACUACCUCAUGGUUUUGACUGAAAAAAAAUAUAUGGGGAAAACCUGUGGAAUGUGUGGAAAUUAUGAUGGUUAUGAAUUGAAUGAAUUUGUGAGUGAAGGUAAAUUGCUGGAUACGUAUAAAUUUGCUGCAUUACAAAAAAUGGAUGAUCCAUCAGAGAUCUGCCUGUCUGAGGAGAUAUCAGUUUCCACCAUUCCUCACAAAAAAUACGCCAUGAUCUGCUCUCAGCUACUUAACUUGGUGUCACCAACCUGCAGUGUGCCAAAGGAUGGGUUUGUCAUUCGUUGCCAGCUUGAUAUGCAGGACUGUAGUGAGCCAGGACAAAACAAUUGCACUUGCUCUACGCUGUCAGAGUAUUCAAGGCAAUGUGCUAUGUCCCAUCAAAUGGUGUUCAACUGGAGAACUGAAAACUUCUGCUCUGUGGGAAAAUGUUCUGCUAACCAAAUCUAUGAGGAAUGUGGUUCUCCAUGUAUUAAAACCUGUUCCAACCCAGAAUACAGCUGUUCCAGUCACUGUACCUAUGGUUGCUUUUGUCCAGAAGGAACUGUUCUUGAUGACAUUUCAAAGAAUCGAACAUGUGUUCACAUUACCCAGUGUCCGUGUACACUGAAUGGGAAAACAUAUGCUCCUGGUGAGACAAUGAAAGCAGCAUGUAGGACCUGUAAAUGUACGAUGGGUCAAUGGAACUGCAAAGACUUGCCCUGCCCUGGAAGGUGUUCACUGGAAGGAGGUUCCUUUGUUACCACAUUUGAUUCUAGAUCAUACAGGUUCCAUGGGGUUUGCACUUACGUUCUUAUGAAGAGUUCCAGCCUACCACACAAUGGAACCAUAAUGGCUGUGUAUGAAAAGUCUGGUUAUUCUCAUUCUGAGACGUCACUUAGUGCUGUAAUUUACCUAUCUACAAAGGACAAAAUUGUGAUUUCUCAGAAUGAACUCCUUACUGACGAUGAUGAGCUUAAGCGGCUACCUUACAGAUCAGGAGACAUCACUGUUUUCAGACAGUCCUCGAUGUACAUUCAAAUGUAUACAACCUUCGGGCUGGAACUUUUAGUUCAAACAUCACCUGUGUUCCAGGCCUAUGUGAAAGUUGGAUCACAAUUCAAAGGCAGAACCCUAGGUUUGUGUGGCAAUUACAAUGGAGACACUACAGAUGACUUCAUGACUAGCAUGGAUAUUGCUGAAGGGACAGCCUCCCUGUUUGUAGAUUCCUGGAGGGCAGGAAAUUGCCAUCCCGCUUUAGAGAGAGAUACUGACCCUUGCGCUUUGAGUCAACUGAACAAAGUAUCUGCUGAGACUCAUUGCUCCAUUCUUACCAAGAAGGGUACAGUGUUCGAGAAGUGCCAUGCUGUGGUGAACCCUAUUCCUUUCUACAAGAGAUGUGUCUACCAAGCCUGUAAUUAUGAAGAGACCUUUCCUUAUAUUUGUUCUGCUCUGGGAUCGUAUGCACGAACAUGCAGUUCAAUGGGUUUAAUCCUUGAGAACUGGAGAAACAGUAUGGACAACUGUACCAUUACUUGUACUGGCAAUCAAACAUUCAGCUACAACACUCAGGCAUGUGACAGGACAUGCUUGUCACUCUCCAGCCGAGCCCUGGAAUGUCAUCCAACUGACAUCCCUAUUGAAGGCUGCCAUUGUCCGAAAGGAAUGUACUUGAACCACAAGAAUGAGUGUGUUCGUAAAUCUCAUUGUCCCUGCUAUUUAGAAGAUAGAAAGUACAUCUUGCCUGACCAGUCAACAAUAACUGGUGGGAUUACCUGCUACUGCGUUAAUGGGAGGCUGAGUUGCACAGGCAAACCUCAAAAUCCUGCAGAAAGCUGCAAAACUCCUAAGAAAUAUGUAUCAUGUUCUGACAGUUUAGAAAACAAGUAUGGAGCUGCAUGUGCCCCUACCUGUCAGAUGCUGGCUACUGGAAUUGAAUGUAUACCCACUAAAUGUGAAUCAGGCUGUAUCUGUGCUGAUGGGCUAUAUGAAAAUCUCGAUGGCAGGUGUGUUCCAGCUGAGGAGUGUCCAUGUGAAUAUGGUGGUCUUGCUUAUGGAAAAGGUGAACAGAUCCAAACUGAAUGCGAGAUCUGCACUUGCACAAAAGGCAAAUGGAAAUGUGUUCAGAAAUCAAAGUGUUCCUCAACAUGUAAUCUGUAUGGAGAAGGCCACAUCACCACUUUUGAUGGACAGCGUUUUGUGUUUGAUGGCAACUGUGAAUACAUAUUAGCUAUGGAUGGCUGCAGUCUUAGUAGACCUGUUUCCUCUUUCAAAAUUGUUACCGAGAAUGUCAUCUGUGGGAAAUCAGGGGUUACAUGCUCCAGAUCCAUCAGCAUUUACCUUGGG